CCGCCGCCGCCGCCGCCUCCGCACGCCAGCAGCUGCCCCCGCCAGCAUGCUGCGCGCCGUCUUCGCUGCCGUCCUCGUGUGCGCCGCACUAGCUCCCACAGGUGGCGCGGUGAAGUGCUACCGGUGCGCAAUGGGCGACCCGCGGUGCGGCGGGCCCGGCAUGGACCUGUCCGAAGUGCCGACGGAGAACUGCACGCUGGCCGCCGUCGCCACGGGGCUCACCGAGUCCGUGGGCGAGGACCGCUUCCCCAAGAUCGAGAGCGAGGCGGGCAUCGGCUCCUUCAGCCUGCCGGAGGCCACCGCCGCCGCCAUCCCACUCGGCUGCCUCAAGCUCGAGAAGCGGAACGUGACGACGGGCGAAGUGAGCACGGCGCGGCACUGCAUCUGGCUGGGCCACGACGACGUUGAUGCGUGUGCCGCCAUCAGCGCCUCUGCCGACGUCACGUACUGCGCCAUCUGCGACUACGACCUGUGCAACGCGGCCGGCCUGCCAGCCGUGACGUCACUGCUGCAGCUGCCACUGUGGGCGCUCGCCCUGCGACUGCUUUCACCAUGAGACCAGGGCGCCACCCAUGUUGUGGACCCUCCCACUGGGGCCGUCUGAGGAACUCGUACUUAAGCUAUUUAUUUGAUACAGACACGUAUAUAAAUUGAACACAUAAAGUACAUUGGAACAAUAUAAAUAGGUGUAGGAUGAAAAUAGUUUCAUUAUUAUUUUGCUAAAAAUAUACCGUAAGAUUGUGAACGUGCGAUCGCUGUACACGGUGAUCUGAAGAGGAGUCAGCUUGAUAAUCAGUAGGAACAAACGCCUCUCUGAAUAUCAGUUUCCAGAAGAGUGACAAGGAAAUUUCUAGGAAGGCGCUGUCAGUUUCCUGGCCAAUUUUCGAUGUAUUUUGUUCCUUGGGAAGUGCUUACAACUUUUAAGUCCCUUUCUUGCCAGUUUUCAACUAGAUCGGUGUUUUUGUCCACAAUCUUUUUGACUGUCUCUUUUUUUCUUUCUCUGGGACCAAUUUCUGUGACUUCUUCUAUCAUUCAAGUCUUCCUAUUCUUUAUUUUUUUCCAUUUACUUUAUGAAGACUCUCUUUCUGUUCAUAGUUUCUCCUUCACUUCAUUUACUACCAUAUUAUCAGAUUUAACUGGCAAUUCAAUUUUUUUUUGUUUCUACAAGCUUUGCAAGUUAUUAACAUUUGUGAAACCAUCACAAGUCGUCUGUGUAAUUUCCAUUUUCAUCACAUCACACAAUCAGUCAAGUUUAAUUUGUCAGGAAUAUGAGUUUUAUAGAAUUCUUGUAGUUGUCAUAAAAACUGAACAUGCCUAGAUACUGUUAUAGUACUAUUAAAUACCGAAAAUUUAAAAAAUGACUAUGUGCUCUUAAAUGAAAUGUGUGUUCAGGUUCAAAUCACGUUAUGGAUUCCCCACAGAACAUAAAAGUCACUUAUUAGGAAUGCGAUUGGUGAGCCACAGAAAAGCAAUACCGAUGCCCGUUCCUUACAGAAAACGACAAUACCUCCCAACAUUCUACUGCAGUAAAGUCCUGGCUCAAACCGACUAGAAAAUAUACCCACUGCUAUGUUGUACCCAUAAAUUCGUAGUUUAGCGCUUCUGUCAUAAAAAAGUUUCUUAAACAGACCAUCUACUGUUCCCGUUUUACCCUUUCCUUUAAAUAUGUUUGGCAUAUCUCAUUGCAUUCCUCGAGAGAGAAGAAUAUGCAGCAUUACAUUUCUCUUUAUCUGAAACAACUCAGCGUAGGAGCAAACGUAUGUGUAAGAGAUCGAUUCUGUUCUUAAUGGAAUUUGUUAACAGAUAAAAUAGUCGUCUAGUAAUCAUAGCAGUCCUUCAUUACCUAAUACUUACAGAAGCAUUCAACAACCCGAGCUUCUCUUGAUAAAGCUCAAUACAAAUACUCACCUUCGGAUAACCGUGUUACCAUGCUGAUUUCAUUGUAUUCUGCCCUUCUACAUGAUGUAUAUAGCAGAGCCUUUUUAAAAAAUAAAAAACAGGUUUCAGAAACUAUUCUCUGCGUCACAAAGCUGCCUUAACUGUGUAAAUAUAAUUGAAAGCUACUGUUGUCGCUUAUCUAGUUCCAAAUACCCUUCCUUCUUAGAAGUAAUGUUCCCAUUUUCAUUUCUUUCCUCGGACCUUACAUAGUUCUCAACUACUGCGUCGUUUUCAUUUGUGGACAAUUUAAACUGGAUGUAACUAAAAGGAAUAACACUGUUUCAUUUGGUUGGUAUUCAUGUUGUGUGUAUAUAUGUUUGCUGUAAUUAAUAUGGUGGUUUAGCUUUAUGACUGAACUCACUGUGCCUGCUAUGUGCCUGAAUAAAGAGCAAAUUUUCAUGAUAUGUAAAUACAUGCCUUUAGUAGCAGAGUCCUUGGAUGUAUUUUCAAUAUAUAUGGAUUUACACAAUGGAAUCAUUGUAGUGUCUGUUUACUAGCGCCUAGUAAAUGGUGUAGAAUUUUAAUAUAUGGAUUUUGCUGCAAGUCUGCGAUGACAAUGUUUUUUAUAACAGAGAAAGGCACUUGAAAAGUAUUACAGUGCACAAUAUUUCAUGACAAACACGGGUCUUACAUAACGGAGCUUCAGCGAAUAGGUUUAAAAUGUUUGUUCUGAAUACUAAUAUUAUACAUUAUUCAACGAAAUGCAAUACUCAAAGUGUGUAACGCAACACUCGAUACAUGACAUUGUAUUGUAACUUCCCGGCAGUGUUAAUGUGCAAGAGUAUCGUAUAUAAAAAGGAAGGGUAAUUAUUAUGUGAGGUAGCAGAAAAUGGAUAAUCUUUUUCAUGUAACAGAAAUUUUAUGUCAGUUUACUGCAUCUGUUGUUCAUGGAUGUGACACUUAAAUUUAGCUGUUAAUUAUGUAAAAAACUGUGCUGUUUGUAUUUAUUAUACUCAAAUGGGGAUUGUAUCUAAAUAAAAUUAUUUUACCUAUCCCAAUUUUCGGCUAAUAUUAUUUAGUUAUAUAGUGAGUAGCAUUGUUUCGCUACGGUGACUGCUGAAAUAAUUAUUUUUAUGACGUUACUGAAUAGAUUUGUUCCCGACACUCUCAUUCUACUUAUGAAGUAAGUAAUAUUUCAAUGACAUUCAUAUAGGAAGACAAAUGUAAAGUUCUCUAUUUCACUUCUUUUCCCUUUAAUAAUCAUUCUUGUUAAUUACAUGCGAAUCAACGUCAGUGCAUGUAUAAGAUGUGUAUGCAACACUGCAAGUGGAGAACUGUUUUUUAUUGGAAGAUAAUUUGGCCAGGCAACUCAAUAUGUUACACUCUAGUCUUACCUAUACACUGCUCUACAGCUUCCUGCAACUACCCACUAAGGAAUAUGGUUGCUUAUCACUCACAUUAAUCACUGCAUACUACUGUAUUGAAGGCAGUUAAUACACCAUAUAAAGUUAUUCUACUCAGUGUACAAUUGCAGUGUCAAUUGUGUUUCCUUUUAUUAGCUUGUAAAUACAAACUGUAUCCAUUAUGGGAACGUUAAAUCAUUUCUUGCAGAGUGUUCUUUUGUGUCUGUAGAUGACCACUGGCUAGUUGAAAUGAAAGCAUUUUUCAAUGCUCAUGUGAUGUUGUCACAAAAAAUAAAAGAACAUACCUAACUGUGUUGUGAACACCAUUUGCCAUGAACCAAUAGAAAAGUUGUCUUACCAAACAUCUUACACAUUUCAUAUUACACCAAUAUGCACUAGUGUGUAGGUAUAAUUAGUGAAAGAUAACCUUGAGGAAUUUUAAUAAAACGCCAAACAAAUUUCUUCAUUACAAAACAGGGAACACCAAGGAUUUCUUAAAUCGAAGCAGCCAAUAAUCUAAUGAACCACAGAAAUUCUGUCAGUAGAAUGAAACAUGUGACAGACUCACAGCAUCUAAAGCAAAAGAUAAACUGAGCAGUGUCAUAAAAAUCAAACUAGGUCGUUAUCUUUCUCCUCCAGUUUAGUAUACACUGGCAAUGAGUAGCUAAUACUAUUGUGGUCCGUCAAACUUCACUGUCACAGUUGCCUUGUUAUGUGACUGUUACCACAUCAGAUCCAGCUUUAUUUGACAAGAAAGCGAAUCUGUAUUAUUUUUGAACAAGAGCUACUUAAAACUUGAUCAAAGAGAGAUCACAGCUAUACAUUUGACAAAAGGAAGUGGUUAAUUUUCGAAGGCAACUGAAGAGUCCCAUUGCGAAUAACACUGAAUAAAUUUCCAUUGCAAGAUUCCAUUGCAUAAAUAUCGAGAUGACAUGUCAGUGAGUUUUCAGUGUCCAAUUAUUUAUAGUUUUAAGAUAAUUACAUAGUUUCGUGUAUUGCAGGUUCAAAUUGAUACGUUACUGGUUUUGGCCGUAAAAAAAUCUUCACAUCUGAGAACAUGUGUAACUUCGGGAAUCCAGAUUUUAAAAUGACUAUUCAUGCACUAAAUUAGCCAAAUAUAAAUUAAAAAUUACGAUCUAGAUGACACAUUAAAUUUAUUGUUUCGUCUGUGAUUACUGUCAGACAUUAAGAAUUUCUUGAAGUAUAAUACCAUUUAGUACUUAGACAAGUCCCCAGACAGUUAUUGAUCCAUUGAAAUGAAUUAUAUUCAAACAAGACUGGCCAUUUUCUACACAUGUCACAAAUUGUAAAAAUCAUCAGUAUGAGUGUUUUUCCAGAAUAGUUAUAUCCUUCAGGUAUUAUAAGAAGAAACAAAUGUGCUAGUAUUAAUCUUUAAUCUGCAGCUGUAACUGAUGGUGACUAGUUAAAAGUCGCAACUAGAUGUGGAAUUAAGUCAAGGUGCAGCUGAAGCUGUUGUUUAUUUAGCAUACAUGAAAUUUAUUAAAAAUAUUGCGUCACAUCCCACAGUAUGUUUCAGUUUAGCAAGCAUACGUGUGUCGAUAUCGAAGGUAAGAGAAUUGAUGUUGUGUUAGCAAUUGCAUAAGAAGUUUAACUUCAGAUUACAUCAGCAU